CCAUAAAAAUCAUUGACAAGACCAAGCUAGAUGGGGAAAAUCUGAAAAAAAUAUUCCGUGAGGUGCAGAUUAUGAAGAUGCUUUGCCACCCCCACAUUAUUCGGCUGUAUCAGGUGAUGGAGACCGAAAGGAUGAUCUAUCUUGUGACAGAAUAUGCCAGCGGAGGGGAGAUAUUUGAUCACCUGGUGGCUCAUGGGCGCAUGGCAGAGAAAGAAGCACGCAAGAAGUUUAAGCAGAUUAUUACCGCGGUUCAUUUUUGUCACUGCAGGAACAUUGUGCACCGAGAUCUGAAGGCUGAGAAUUUGUUGCUUGAUGCAAAUCUUAACAUCAAGAUUGCGGAUUUUGGGUUUAGUAAUCGUUUUACCCCAGGACAGUUGUUAAAGACUUGGUGUGGAAGUCCCCCAUAUGCAGCUCCAGAACUGUUUGAAGGAAAAGAGUAUGAAGGACCCAAGGUGGAUAUCUGGAGCUUGGGAGUGGUCCUGUAUGUCCUGGUCUGCGGUGCUCUUCCUUUUGAUGGAAGCACAUUACAAAAUCUACGAGCCAGAGUCUUGAGUGGAAAGUUCCGAAUCCCCUUCUUUAUGUCCACAGAAUGUGAACACCUCAUCCGACAUAUGCUGAUUUUGGAGCCCAGUAGGCGUCUGACGAUGGAGCAGAUCUGUAAACACAAGUGGAUGUGUCUGGGUGAGCAGGAUCUGGAGUUUGAGAGGUUAAUAGCAGAAUGCCAGCAUGUGAAGAUGGAGAGGCAGAGGGAGCCUAUAAAUGAGCAAAUUAUAAUUACUAUGGUGGAAAUGGGCUUAGACAAGGACCGCACUUUACAGUCUUUGAGGACCGAUGCAUAUGACAACUACAGUGCUAUCUACAGUUUGCUGUGUGAACGUUUAAAAAGACAUAAAACUCUUCGCCUCCCAAAUCCACCAAGUGCACCUCGCACUGUGGCAUACCCUGCUUCACCUUUGCAGGGGGAUACAGGUGGCAGUGCCGUCAGUAUGAAUGUGCCUCAAGUCCAGCUCAUCAAUCCUGAGAACCAAAUUGUGGAGACAAAUGGCACCAUGAAUCUGGACAGUGAUGAAGGAGAAGAACCUUCACCAGAGGCAUUGGCUCGAUAUUUGUCAAUGAGGCGACACACAGUUGGGGUUCCAGAUACACAUGAGGGGGGAGCAGAGGACCUACAGAAGAUCAUUCCUGGAUUCCCACGGGUCACUCCGCAGACACCAUUCCUUCCAGUGACACAAAACGCAAAUACUCUUCAUCCACUGUUGCCAAUGCAGAACAUGCCUCCCAGUGGUCACAUUGAAUACAAGGAACAGUCUCUGUUGCAGCCUCCAACUCUUCAACUUUUAAAUGGCAUGGGGCCUCUAGGGCGCAGAGCAUCUGAUGGAGGGGCGAACAUCCAGUUACAUGCACAACAACUCUUGAAGAGGCCGCGUGGACCAUCCCCACUUGUCACAAUGACAACUGCAGUGCCUGCAGUUACCCCAGUGGAUGAAGAGAGCUCAGAUGGAGAGCCUGACCAGGAGGCUGUGCAAAGGUAUCUUGCUAAUCGCACCAAGAGACACACAUUGGCCAUGACUUGUCCUACAGCUGAGAUUCCUCCAGAACUACAGCGACAACUGGGGCAGCAGUCUUUUAGAAAUAGAAUUUGGCCCCCUCACCUUGUCCCCGACCAGCACCGUUCCAUGUAUAAAGAUUCGAACACACUUCACCUUCCUGCUGAGCGUUUCUCCCCAGUACGUAGGUUCUCUGAUGGAGCUGCCACAAUCCAGGCCUUUAAAGCUCACUUGGAAAAGACUGGGCACCACAACAGCAGCAUCAAACAGCUUCAGCAGGAGUGUGAGCAGCUUCAGAAGAUGUAUGGUAUAUCCAUGGAUGAGAGGACUCUGGAACACACUCAGCAGCAACAUAUUAUGUAUCAGCAUGAGCAUCAUCAGCAUUUCCUGCAGCAGCACAUCCAGGACUGUAUCCGUUCUGCACAACCAUCACCUCCUCUUCAGUCGGCCACCAUAGUAACAGCCGGCGAGAAUCAGCCAGCCCUGCUUACCCACCAGCUUCAGAGACUGCGAAUCCAGCCUUCUAGCCCUCCCCCAAACCCAGCCAGCAACCACCUCUACAGACAGCCAAACAGUCCUCCGCCAUCCUCCAGUGCCAUGCUCCAGACACAUGGGGCCCCACCAUCCACUCAGUAUCAGGGGAUGCCCUCUCACAGUGGUCUUUACCAGCCCUCUAGCAGUGGCUCCCCUCCAGCUAGCGUUACACUGCCUCGCAUGGGCAUUCAGCAGCAGCAGAACCAGCAGCAGUCUGCACAGCAAGUCACCAUCCAGGUGCAAGAGCCAUCAGACAUGUCUGGAGCUUCGCGGGCUAUCCCAGUGAAUCCUUGUGCCAACCAAAUACAGAUGCAGCGAGCAUCGCUCAUGGCUUCUAUGGGCAGCUACACUCACAGACCGUUAUCUAAGCAGCUGAGUGCUGACAGUGCUGAGGUGCACAGUCUGAAUGUGGGCCGUUUUUCUUCUUCGACAAACUAUGACCAGUCUCACCUGCACCCUCAUGUGUUUUCUGAUCAGCAACGGGCUCCCCCCACAGGCUACACUACACAAGGAAGUGCGGGGUACACCUCAUCUGGUAGCACUGGCUAUCAUCAGGCCUUGAAAGUUCCUCAGCUAGAACAGUACCCUUCAUUCCCACAAACCCCCCAACAGAACUACACUGCAUCUGCUCUGCAGCAGGCCUUGCUGUCACCCACACCUAGCACAUAUACAAGGCAUCACCAGCAACUACCGCACAUGCUUCAGGGUCUGCUGUCCCCACGACACUCUCUGACCGGCCAUGCAGAUGCACGCCUGCCCCCCGCUGAUUUUAUGCAGCUUAUAAAACAACACCAGCAACAGCAACAGGAGUUGAAUGAACUGUUCAGCCAGCACCUGAGUCAAGGAGACACAGGCAACCUUUCCUUCCAGAGCCCUCCUGAAACCUACCACAAUCUUCUUCAGAUUCGCGCACAAGAAUGUAUGCAUCAAGCAGCACCUACUCCUCCACCGCCCAGAUUCCACCCAUCUUUACUACAUUCAGAGAGCAUGGAGGAGGACUGUACUGGAGAAGGGCAUAGAAUGGGCGAAGGAGAGACUAUAAGAGGAUUAAGCAAACCCCAUCAAGAGACUGGGCAUGGGGAUUCAGAAACUCUUCUAGGGACACUAGCAAUCAGAGAGCAUGAGUUGGGGACACAACAGUAUCAGCCACAAAAUACGUACAGUGGGACCAAGAUGACCAGCAGAGAACCAGGAGCUACGGUGGACUGCAUGGACAAAGUUACCCCUCCUAAUGCCAUGGACGUUCCAGACCACAAUGGUGUCCCAUACUCUCCCAGGUCGUCAGUUAGUGAGCAUGCACGUUCCAGGAUGUUGCAGCGGCACCACACCAUCCAGAGUAGUGAUGAUGCCUAUGUGCAGCUGGACAAUUUGAGUGGUAUGAGUUUAAUGGCAGGCAAGGCUUUGAGCUCUGCACGCAUGGCGGAUGCAGUUUUGAGCCAGUCUUCACUUAUGGGAAGUCAACAACUCCAGGAUAGCGAGGAGAAUGAAGAUUGUGAGAGAACUCCAGAAGAUACAGAUUUAUCUGUGAUUGGAGACAAUGGUCAACAUCUCUCCACUUCUUGUUACCCCUCAACCAUGCUUCUGGGGUACAAGCACACUGAUAUGAACUUCAGUAUGGAGCAAGCAGGCGUGUGAGCAGAGGUUUUUUGUUGAAAAAUCGAGGGUCCCAUCUUUCUGAACACCAACAGUAUCUGCAGCUUUAGCGCCAAAUUUCAUUUGUAUUCUUUCCCUGAACUGACUCGCCGUACCCCCACCCCAUCACAGACGGAUUCUGGGAUCGCCCCCCCAUCGUUUAAUUCUUUUUUUUUAUUUUUUUUAUGUACUUGUUUAACCUCUCCUCCAUUCAGGAGUAUGGGGCUUCAUAAAAGGCAGGGAUUAGUUGUGGGGGGGAAGACACCCACUCGUUUAUCAGAGAUUAAUCUGUGAACUUGCCACCCUUGCAGGCAUUGGCAGAGAAAAGGAGGAGGGAUUUUAUUCAAAAGGCGCUUUGGGGGGGAAAGGUAGCAUUGGCGGGGUGGGAAAUAUUUGGUCGCUGAAAAUAUAGAAACACCAGCACAUAAUUCUAUAUAGACGUCUGGCACCGAUUGUGGCAUGAGAGACUGCAGCCUCACUAUUGAAGCAGCUGGUUCCUGAGCAAGGACAUAAGACACACUGUAGCCUGUGUGUAACCAGUAGAAGAGACUGGUGUCCAAGGGUGGUAUGGCAGGAGUGAUUAGUGCCUAGGGUGGAGUUCUUUUUAGAAUAUAAAUGACAGCAGGUAUUCCACAAUCUACACUAGCUUGUUUUCUAUGUUUGUGUGUCUGUGUUUUUAGGUUGGUAAAUAUCCACUGGGUCUGGAAUCUUACUUAUCGAGCUCAGUUUUUCCUUAAUUGCACUAUUUUAUUUUAACCAGUAUAGCUGAAAGCAUUUAGUUUUCUUUAUCCUUCCUAAGGUAUAAAAAAGAAAAGAAAAAAAAG